GAGCCUCUCUCUUGGCCGAAUUGCUUUAAUUCAGAUAAGAAGACAGAAUAUUUGGGAGAUUGUAAGAGUUUAUUGCUUAAACAUGGUGUAAAAAUACGAUAUGCCAAAACUAAGAAAGAACACUCUAGAGAUUGGGCUAGGAGCCUUCAUGCUAAUGAUGAUAUAUUUAAUAAUACCCCUACUCGGCUAAUAAAUAUGUCUCCUAAUAAAGCG